AUGGCGCAACAAAACGAAAAGUAUCCUCAAAAUUUAGGAGUCGCUGGUGAGAGCGGAGAUGAGGGUGGUUUGAAGUCAAAAGAACCGAUCCAUGUCGAAGCAGAGGUUCCAGCAUAUACAGAGUCAAAAAGAACGUGGAAGUCCUUCUUCUGGUCGACACUCGAUGUCCCGGAAGAAGAGGCUCGAUUCCUCACCAAGCUCGAUCUGACGCUCAUCUCGUCAUCUGCACUGGGUGUUAUGUGUCGCUACCUCGACCAAGUCAAUAUCACCAAUGCUUUUAACAGUGGCAUGAAGGAAGACCUAGCACUUUAUGGAAAGGAGCUCAACUACGCCAAUGCCAUUUGGAGCGCGGCUUAUGUGUUUGGGCAAAUUCCUUCCAAUAUGCUGCUGACACGGCUCACACAGGUCAAUGCGCCUCUGUAUAUCGCAUUCCUCGAACUGGCCUGGACCAUCUUUACUUUCGCCACAGCAGGUGUCAAAAAUGUCACCCAACUCUAUGUUUUUCGGUUUUUUGUUGGCCUGUUCGAAGCCGGCCACUUCCCGGCAGUGAUGUACGUGUGCUCAAGCUACUACAAGCCCCAUGAGUUGGCACGUCGCAACACAUUAAUCCAGGUAUUCACUUCGGUCGGGCCUCUCUUUUCCGGCUUUUUGAUGGCCGCAGUGCAUGCCGGACUGGACGGAUCCAACGGCCUUCCAGGAUGGCGGUGGAUGUAUAUUGUCUGUGGCUGUAUCUCACUACCUUGCGCGAUCUGGACUGCAUUUGCUAUGCCUCAGCUACCAUCUCGAGCAAAAGCCAAUUGGAUCUUUACAGCAGAGGAAGUCAGACUCGCUCGAGCUAGAAUGCCCUCAGAGACGAAACCUUUUACUGGCCUAUUUAAAUGGAAAGACAUCAAACGCUGGCAUACUACAUGGCAUGUUUAUCUUUUUCCCAUUUUCUUCGCAUUCUUGGUACAGGUUGGCCAGUCAGGAGGGUCUAUGAUCUUCUGGGUUAAGAGUUACAACUUGCCCGGAAAGCCUGCUGUCUUCUCAGUGGCGGAGAUUAACAUCAUUCCUCUCGGGAUCAACAUCAUCUCUAUUGUUUGCACCCUUUUGAACUCUUGGAUCUCGGACGGCUUGCCCGGAUCUGCCCGCUGGCCCGGCAUGGUAUUUGCCAGUGUUAUGGGUAUCAUCUUCCCAAUCGCUCUAGCAGCCACGCCAGUCCACCCACCAAAUAUUGCCACUCGAUGGGCUCUUUAUUAUCUUACUGCUCUCUCUGGAACAUGCGCUGGCAUUACGUGGACAUGGGUAAAUGAGACAAACAGACAUGAUCCAGAAAAACGGGCCUACACUUCUGCUCUGAUGAAUGCGUUCGCUUACAUUUUCACCGCCUGGGUCCCAAUCUUUACCUUCCCAGCCAACCUGCAGCCGUACAUUAUUACCGGUAAUUACAUCACUGCCGGGUUUGGCGCGGCGGCGGCGUUGACUGCGCUUACAAUUCGCCAUUUCUAUAACCGAGAUCUUAAAAAGCAGCAGUAUCUAUAG